UUCUCUUCCUCCCGCCACUGGUGACUGGACCGAUGAAGGACGCGAUGGCCACCCCCACCUCCGCAUCCGCAUCCCCGCCCCCGUUCUCCGCUCAGCAGACUGAUCCGUCGCAUGCGGAGAAGGAUGGCGUGCUCGAUCAGGAAAUGCCAGUGCCUGCACCUACGUCCUCGCAUGCUGAGGAGGCCGAGCCAAGGAUUGGGAAGGUGAAGGGGAUAUGCUUGACCGCGGUCUGUGCGACGGCGAUGCUCAUGAAUGUCGCCACGAAUAACGGGGUCACCAUUGCUCUGCCCUCGAUUGGGAAAGAGUUGGACUUUGACGAGAGCAAGUUACAGUGGCUUGUGUCGGCGUACUCGUUGAGCUCGGGAUGCCUGCUCCUCGUGCUGGGCAGGCUUGCCGAUCUAUAUGGCAGGAAAAAAUUGUUCACGAUGGGCUCCUUCUGGCUGUUUGCACUCAGCUUGGGGUGUUCCUUCGUUGAUGACCCUUUGACGCUCAUGAUCUUACGUGGGAUUCAGGGUAUCGGCGGGGCGGCUAUCGUCCCCUCAGCGAUUGGCAUCCUGGCUCGGGCCUUCCCUCCAGGCAGUCGCUCACGAUCUAUUGCUUUCGCCACGUUCGGCGCCGGAGCUCCCAUCGGAGGAGUGCUCAGUCUGCUCAUCGGAGGUGCGCUUACGCAGUUGACAAAGACGGGGUGGAGGUCCAUCUUCUACUUUACCUCAUGCCUCGCGUUCGCCUGUUUUGCAGGCGGAGUCCUUGUCAUGCCGCCCGAUCCUCCUUCGACGGAGAAGGAUCGGCGAGUGGAUUGGCUCGGGGCUCUGUUGUCGACUGCAGGACUAGUCCUUAUUGUCUUCGUUUUGUCCGAUGGCGAGGAGGCGCCGAAUAAGUGGGCUACGCCUUAUAUCAUCGUCCUGCUCAUCCUCGGUGUCCUCCUGCUCGUCAUCUUCUCCUUCUGGCAGCUGUACCUUGAGCGAGUGCAGGACGACCCGAACGCGACGUACUCCGUGUGGACGCCGCCUCCGGUCAUGAGGAUGACCUUGCUGUCGAGGGGCCAUUGGCGGUAUGGCGCGCAGAUGCUCAUCGUGUUUACUACGUGGUCGUCGUUUAUUGGGUAUACUUUCUGGCAGAUGCUUUUCUACCAAGACUACCUUGGCCUAUCACCUCUGGCGGCGGCCAUUCGUCUCAUCCCCAUGCCAAUCACGGGUGUCAUCUGCAAUAUGCUUGUUGCCCUUCUGGUCGGCCGGGUACCAGUUGUGGUGCUUAUGGGUACCGGCACUAUGGCAACCACCCUCGCUAGUCUGCUCUUCGCAACUAUCUCGAACGCGGAACGGCCCUAUUGGGCCUACGGCUUCGUACCCGCGAUCAUCGCUGUGUUCGGGACUGAUUUCGUCUUCUCGGCUGGCACGAUCUUCGUGCAGAAGCUGUCGCAUCCACAUGAGCAGAGUGUCACUGGAGCGCUGUUUUCGACCAUGACGCAGCUUGGGUCCGCCUUCGGUCUGGCAAUCACUACGGUCGUGUAUAAUCGCAUCCAAAACAACCUAGGCGAGGACACCUAUCACCUCAAAUCAUUUCAUUCGGCUCACUUCACUGCCUUCGCACUCGGCAUCGUUGCUUGCUGCGUUACGAUCAUUUCCCUCCGCGGUGUCGGCAUAGUAGGGCACGUCAAAAAGAACAAGUUGGCGGACGGCGACCCUGAGAGGACUGCCGCCAACAGCACGGUCUCUGGAGCUAAAGAGGAGACUCUGGAAAAGGUCUAAGUAUUGGAUCCAGGCCUCUUCACUUUACGGAGCCUGUUCAACACGGCACGCCGCACACACUAGACACACUCACAUUAGACUAUAGAAUCGGGAUUUGUAGGGAACACCAUAGGUACAUGUAGCAUACUGACAUAGACGAUGACUGUAUGGAUUUCUGUUUUUGUUUUCACGAAUAUCAUGCCCGGCGCCCGGCGCGUCUCGACACGACCCGUCACACGCGUGACCGGACGCGUCAAUUACCCUUGC